UGCUAGCUCGUUUAAAGCUCGAGGUUCGGGCCACUGGUUCGGGCUUGCCCGUAUGAUGCAACUUUGCUCGAAUUUGGGCAAUGAAGAAGCGGGAAAAAAACAAUCGAAAUAUUUCAAGACUUUGCAAAGGGACGGACAGGAAAGCUAAAAAAUGGCCAAAGUUGUAGCCUUACCGACUGAAUGUAGUGGCGAUAAUCCACAAUUGCAACAAUGUGUCACUAUGGCAGCAGCUGCCUUGAAGGAGGGCAAAGUGAUUGCCCUGCCCACAGACACUGUCUAUGGUAUAGCUGCAUUGGCACAGUCCUCUGAUGCUGUACGGAGAAUGUACGAAAUUAAAGGCAGAAAUUUCGAGAAGCCAAUUGCAAUAUCUGUUGGGAAUAUUCAAGAUGUGCAUAAGUGGGGAAAAAAUACAUUAGAUGAAGACAUACUCUCCCAGCUUCUCCCUGGAGCAGUGACUUUGGUGUUCGAGAGGACACCUGAUCUCAAUAUAGAACUGAAUCCGUACACAUCCUUAGUCGGCAUCAGAAUACCGGAUUAUGAGUUUAUUCGACAAUUAGCAAUAUAUUGUGAUGCUCCUCUUGCACUGACAAGUGCAAACAAAAGCUCAACGAAAAGCAGUUUGGAUGUUAAGGAAUUUGAAGAUCUAUGGGAACAUCUUGCAAUUGUGUUUGAUGGAGGUACACUGGGGGACACAGCAGAAUGUCGAAAGGGAUCAACAGUGGUAAAUUUAGCCACGCCCGGGACAUACAAGAUAAUUCGUGAUGGAAGUGCAUUUUCAAAAACAACUCAAACGCUACAAGGGUUUGGUCUGAAAGAGGCUCAGUAAUAGAGUAGAGAAUUUGGUGCCAAACAUCUAAACUCAAGGUGAUGCACGCCACGUUAUAUAACCACCCAGGGUAGAAUAAACACAAAGUAACCGUCCAGAACGACACAAGGUCGGAUUGCUCCGAUUCACCUCUGUGGGAUAUCCUUUGAAUUGUAUUUCUCGUGCUGGGACUAUGAUGCGUGAAUAAACAACUGAAAAUCGACCAAUUUAGACUGCAUGUGGGUCUCCGUUGCGUUUUCUGUUGUUUAUAUCGACAUAUUUGGAACAAUUCUUAGAGAAUAGGGCUGUUCCUAGGUGGCCUUUGCCCUUUUGUACGCCACUGAAACACUGCAUGCCAUGUAGUUUGAAUAAAACCCAAAACUUAUUACUACUCGGAUUUAAUGUGUUCGUCCUUUCAAUUAAUCUAACACAAUGUUUUAAGUAAAUGGUUUUAAGUAAAGGUAACCAACCAGUUGCACAUAUCUCCCUAGGAAUAACAGUCUAAUAGAACUAUCCAGCAUAAGUUAGUUUAGGUUUCCUCCUGUAGUAACACUGGAUCAAUAAGAAAUGAUCCUUACUGGACCUCU